AUGGCCGUCGAAAACGAGGAGACACCACUCCUAACAAGCGAUGCUGCCUCCGAGGAACGGAUUUAUCGUACCCAAAGCAAAGAUGUCGACGCAAACAUUGUCGAUUUCAACAUCGAGCACGACCCGGACAAUCCUCAAGAUUGGUCCCCCAAAUACAAAUGGACCGUCACAGCAUUGCUGGCUUUCAUGGCCUUCAGCACGACCUUCACCUGUAUAGGCGUUGUACCUGUCGCCGAUCGCAUUGUCCGAGAUCUUACCCCUGACCACACUUCUGACAAAUCGGCUGCAGUCCUUUUGGUCACCAUCUGGGAGCUUGGUGAGGCUGCUGGACCGUUGCUCAUAGGUCCUCUGUCAGAGAUCCAUGGUCGAUUCAAAGUACUGAACGUCUGCAACGUGCUUUUCGUUGCGACUACGCUGAUGGCGGCUCUCAGUCAAACGACAACGCUAUUCAUUGCUGCGAGGGCUCUGACUGGAGUUUCUGUGGUCGCAAAUGUACUUGGCCCGGCUAUCGUGGCAGAUAUAUUCAUUCCUGAGCAGCGAGGUGGAGCUAUGUCUUUGAUCAUGUUAGCACCGCUGACAGGUGGCGCUCUGGGACCGGCUGUUGCAGGGGCAAUGAGUGAGACGUGGGGAUGGCGCAGCGUUGUCUGGCUUUCAGCACUAGCCAUGACCGUCUGCACCAUAUGUGUGUUCUUAGUCUACCGAGAGACUUACAAGGUUGUAAUUCUACGACGACGAGCUGCACAUCUUCGGGAAGUCACGGGUAACACAUCACUGCGGACUCCGUACGACGCUGGCCUCGAGAGCUUGACCACGAGCGUGCUCAGACCAUUUGUUGUCUACUUCCAUUCGCCAUAUAUCAUCCUCAUCUCAUUCUUUGCGGGUGCCACAUUCACAUGGUUCUAUAUCAUGUCGACUACCCUACCCGAAAUCCUGGAGCACCUCUACCAUCUGACUCCAGCCCAGAUCGGCAGCUCAUUCAUCACCUUCUCAGUUGGCUCUCUGACAGCUGUCAUCCUCUGUCAACUCACACUCGAUCGCAUUUACAUCUAUCUUCGCGAUCGGCCGCUGAGAAAGUACGAGCAAGACCAACGGGCACGGCCGCAAGGCGCACAGUCUGCCUCAAAACCUCCUAAGAUCAAGAAUUACCCGCAUCACCGCCUUCCGCCCAUCAUACUCGGCGCGCUCUUCAUGCCAGUAUUCAUCUGCUUCUACGGCUUGCUCCCCGCCGGUCUCUCUUUCAAGCCAGGCCACGGGCCCGCUCCGCUUCCUCUCGAGCUCGGCAACGUCGCGGUCAUGGGGUUCUUCCUGCUAUUCAGCUACUUGCCUGUUCUCCCAUACAUUACCGAACUAGCCCCACUGUAUGCGGCAAGCGCGAUGACCUCUGUCAUCGUGGUGAGGUGCUUAUUUGGGACUUUCCUUCCACUGGCUGUCGGUCCUAUGGUACAGCGAUAUGGCUGGGCCCGGGCGUUCCUUGGUUUAGCCGUAGUUGGUGUGGCUAUGGCGGGCAUCCCGACUGGGCUGUGGAUCUGGGGCGAGUAUAGACAGGGAAAGGAAGAGAGGAGGGCGCGGGAGCAAGAAGAGGUCGAGACUGCACACUGA